AUGUCCAGCCGAAUCCUCCUUUACGUUUGGACGAUCUCCCUUGGGGGACUCGUGAUUGGAAUUGACAGUGGAAUUGUUGCCUCCGUCCUAUCCCAAAAGAACUUCAAGACCUUCAUGUAUCCGCCGGGGACGCCUAACACCACCAGUCUCAUCAGCGCUAUUGUCUCUAUGGCAGCAGUUGGCGGGGCCAUUGGCAAUCUCAUUAGCGGCCUCUUUCUAGAGAAGCUGGGACGAAAAUGGACCUUAUUCAUCUCGACCUUCUUCACCAUCGUCGGAUCCGUUCUCCAAACUGCUGCUAAUGGCGUUGCCCUAAUGAUUGUCGGCCGCACCAUUGCGGGUAUUGCCUUGGGCAUGCUGCGUCCGACUGUGCCAGUUUACAUCGCCGAAAUCGCACCGGCGACACAGCGCGGCAGGCUCAUUGGCAUUUUCGGCCUUCUUAUCUCAUUUGGAUACGUGGUGGCCGGCUGGGUCGGAUAUUCGUGCAGUUUUGCUGCUGGCGACGUAACUUGGCGUUUGGCUCUUGCAUUGCAGAUUCCCGCCGCCGCUAUUCUCAUGGGACUUUCUGUCUUCCUGCCAGAAUCCCCUCGAUGGUUGGCCCAAAAGGAGCGCUAUGAAGAUAUGGACAUGAGCAUGCGAAAUAUUUACUCAAACGAGGACGAGGACUUCUUCAUUCGUUCAAGAUUCGAGAUCUGCGAGCAGAUUCGGCUCGAGGCAGUGCAGCGGACUAACAGAACGUUCGGCUACGCGCUGAUCGAGUUGUUUAACAAAAGGAAUAUCAAACGUACAGCGGUGGCGAUAAUGGUUCUACAGCUCGGAUGCCUCUCGGGCACUCUCGUCAUCCAGCAGUACCAGUCCAUCCUCUAUGCCUCCCUAGGAUUCACCGGCCAGAAAGCGCUCCUAAUCACAGCUUGCUAUAGCUUUAUGGGCUUUACGGCAAGGGUGGGCUGUCUCGCCCUGGCAAUCGCGCUCUCACUACUAAUGGCACUCUCGCGCUUCUACGGCGACGGGCACAACGAGCAAGGUGCUGAGGCUGGAGUCGCCUUCGUCUUCAUUUUCUCAGCGCUGUACGCCCUCUUUUUCAACAGCACACUGCACACCAUACCGCCCGAGUACUUCACGGUCCACCUGCGCGGUUAUGGCCUUGCCGUGGGCGACUUCUUUCAGGGCGUCUCCAAUAUCUGGCUUAGCUUCGUGACGCCGCACGCCUUCGACGCCAUUCAGUGGAGGUAUUAUUCCGUUUUCAUCGCGUGCCUGGUAGCGCUCGGUGUGUUCUACAUGGUGGCGCUGAAGGAGACGAACCAGAUGACGCUGGAGAGCACGGCUGCGCUAUUUGGCGAUGAGACGGUGCAUGGUGCUAAGGACAUGAUGGAGCAUACUGAGGAGGCCGAACGGGGGAUUGAAAUGGGCGACAAGGACACUACAAAAUAG